AACAUUGUUUUUGGACUGCGUAAUAAGAAGGAAACACUACCAACAGUCUGAGUUUUGUCUACAAAUUUAUCUCGUCAUCGUUUUUUUUUGUACCAAGUAAUACCGUUAUUAGUUAUCAAGAUGAAGGGAGGGGUGUUUUUGGCAACUCUUCUCGUCUUUUUUGUGUGUAUUUGUUUGGAAAAUUGUCUUGUUUCGGCAGCAACAACAACGGAAAAGCCUUUGACAACACCGCCCAUCGAAGAUACAUGUGGAGCUCACAAUGGCAGCUGCGAUGAAUGUGUCAAAUUUCCAGGAGCCAAAUGUUUUUACUGCUAUACAAAUGGUGUCUGUGCAAAAUACCCAGGGAAAGAAAUCUUCCCUACAAAGUAUUGUGACCUGUCUCAAGCCAGAUGGGGAGUCUGUUUCUUGAACUUCGAAGCCUUGAUCAUUUCAAUGGGAGUGAUUGCUGGCGUUCUACUCCUUGCAAUGACUAUAUGCAUCUACUGCUGCUGCUGCUGUUCAGGAUCCAACAGAGCCAAGUACGCUAAAGAGGAUGCAAAGGUCGAACGGAAGAAGACUGAGAGGAAAAUGCACCACGAGCAGAAGAAAGCUGAUCGAAAGGCAAAGAAUGACGAGAUUAGAAGGAAAUAUGGUCUAAUGCCAGACGAUGAAGGGUCGUAUCACAAACUAGAUGAGUCAGCAACGGCAUAGACAAAGCCCUCGACUGCCAAACUUGGAUACAAACAGUAAACCAGCCAUCUUACAUAGCUGUUAAGCAGAAAAUAUUGCUUAGUACAUUUCUUCGCUAAGCAAACAAAAUUAAAAUACGAAAUACCAGAUGCAAUUGUUUAAACUUUGGCACUUUGGCUGGUAACCUGCCAAGAAAAAUUUGUCUGUGCUUAAAUUGUUUUGUGGAGACCAGCUUUAUGACAUUAGACCCUAAUCUCCUAGAGCUGCUUUGCCCAAAAUUUGCUGAGCAUUGAAAGUUUUGCUGAGAAUGGGUCACCAGCUGGAAUCCGGUACCAUGAGAAUUGAAUGGUGGUGAAUAAAAUUGCUGACCAGAAAUAUUUUUCUGCUUAGCAGCUUUGUCAAGUUAGAAUCCUAUCUAAAAACCAAUCGAUAUUGCUUAUUUACAGCAGUCAUAAAGCUGUUAGGUGCAGUGCUGAUACUGAAGCAAUGGAGGCAAUGUAUCUGGCUUGCCUUGUGGCCCCUUGAAAUAGUCCAGUUCAUAGGUUUCCUCAGAGAACAAGAAUCGAGUGUCAGGCCUUUAAGCACAUGAAUUUUGCUAGGUACUGAUAAAUUUAGCUUAGCAAAUUGAACUACUAUGCAAUGUAACGCACAUUGGUUGUGAUUAGCAGUUCCCACUGAGCUCAAGCAAAUCUAUUCAUCUUAAAGGGAAAGUAUGCGUUUGGUAAUCACUCUUAAAAUUAACGGCAAUAAAAACCUUUUGAAAAGAAGCCUCCAGCAGCAAUUGUUAUUCUAAAGCAUCUUUAAAGUCAUGUGGUUCUGUACAAAAAUAAACGUUUUAUGCCCCCAAAUUGUAAUCUGAGAAGCGUUAUCGCUAUAAUGCUUCUCAGAUUGUUCAGAUAAUCAGGGAUUAUUCUUCCUGCAAAGAAAUAUUUGCUCCAGUUUUUUUUCAAAAUCGCGACCACCUUUUGAAAUUAAAUUUUCAUAUGUUAGUUUUAUAGUGUACAUCUAUGUUAUGAUUGGUUAUCAUUUCUGAUUGGUUGUAAGUUAUUGAUUGGAACCUUUGUUUGGUUUAAUUAGUGAUUUCUGUACAUAUGAAUCUUAAUUAAUUUUUGAACAUCUUGGUUUUCUUGUGUAAGAGGCUAUGGCUCUUUUUUCAAAGCUGACUUAAAUAUUCUAUGUGGCGGUUCAAAGCCUUUUACUGAAGGUGUAUGGUUCCAAAACGACUAAUGGAGCCUAUAAGCCGAAGCCAUAGAGUUAUAUAUAAGAACUAGAGGGCGCACUGGUGAUGCUUCUUGCACAAACACGACGGGACCGCAACGAG